UUGUGGUAAUUCUUUAAUACAGGACCACGUCAAAGUCUGCUGCUUCCACAGAAUUAGCAAACCGACAGAUCUGAGAUAUGGAAGAAAAGUUUAGAAACUUAAUCGAGGUAUGGAUCUCUGCUCUAAUCUCUCUAUCUUACUGUUAUUACAUAUCAUCUAAACUCUCCAAAGGUGUUCUUCGUCUCCUCUCUAUUCUUCCAAUCUGCAUUCUGUUUUUUGUUCUUCCUCUGUUCCUCUCUUGUGUGCACUGUUGCGCCAUUUCAGCUCUUUUUCUCUCAUGGCUUGCAAACUUCAAACUUCUUCUCUUUGCCUUUGAUGAAGGACCUUUGUUCCCACUUCCCCCAAAACUCUCCCGUUUCAUCUGCUUCGCUUGUUUGCCCAUCAAAAUCAGACAUAACCCUUCUCCAAAUGCGAUCACAAAUCUUCAUCUUCGUAAGCAUGAACCUAUGCCUAAAUGGGUUUUGGCUGUCAAAAUUUUGGUCUUGGGCGUCUUGUUACAUGUCUAUGAAUACAGGGAUGGUUUGCCUCGGUUCGUUGUCUUGGCUCUCUAUUGUCUCCAUAUAUACCUUGAGGUAGAACUUGUCUUGGUGUUUGUUGGGGCUGUGGUAUCUACUCUUCUUGGGUGUAACAUCGAGCCAGUGUUCAAUGAGCCCUACCUAGCUACCUCUCUACAGGACUUCUGGAGCCGCAGAUGGAACCUCAUGGUUUCAGCUGUCCUGCGCUCAACCGUCCACAUUCCCGUUCAGCGUUUUUUCAAACGCUUGCUCAGUCCAAACGGGGCUAUGUUUGCUGGGGUCAUGGCCUCGUUCUUUGUCUCGGGCUUGAUGCAUGAGCUGCUCUACUUUUACAUGAUCCGUAAGCCGCCAACUUGGGAAGUCACUUGUUUCUUUGUGUUGCAUGGUGCUGCCACUGCCACUGAGAUAGGGGUGAAGAGAACACAAUGGUGGAGGCCACCGCACCGGGCUGUCUCCGGUCUUGCAGCUCUGACGUUUGUGAGUGUGACGGGCGUUUGGCUAUUCCUCCCUCAAGUGCUGAGAAACAAUGUCCAUGAGAAAGCGAUUAGUGAAUGUUUAUUGGUUCUUCACCUUGUCAAACGCAAGUUAUUCACUUCGUCAUGAUUUUUUAUUAAAGGCCAAGAGCAGUAGCAGAGCAACCAAACUUAUUACUUUAUUAGUGUCUCUUCAUUGUGUGAAAACGUAUAUAGAAGUGUGAGACACGUUCGGUGGUGUGAGACAUUCAUUACAUGGAACUAAAUUGAAUCAAGCGCAACAAUUUUUUUAUAAAA